AUGCAGCAUGAGGAGAAGGCCAAGCGCGAGCAUGAAGUCAAGAUGAAACAGGAAUUGGCUAAACGACAGCAGCAAGAGCAGGAGAGGGAGAAACGCCGCCUUAUGGAGCAGCGACAGAAUGAAGAGCACGCUAAGGAGGAGGCUCGUAGACAGCACUUUGCCGCGCAGGCUCAGGCGCAACUUGCGGCGCAGCAGCAGCAGCAGCAGCAACAGCAACAACAGCAGCAGCAACAGCAACAGAAUCGACAUGUCAUGGCGCAAACGAACGGGGUUAGUCAAGCGCCGCAGUCUUCGCCGGUUGUCCGUAAUCAGACCCCUCACAACACCUCUUCGCCUGUUGUUGGCAACACAAUGGCCGCACAAGCAAGUGUUCCUAUGAGCAUGACGUCUUCUAUGCAGGGAGCAGGCAGCCCCCCGAGGCCGCCAUCUGCAUUGCAGCAUGCCCAUCCUACAGUCAUGAGCCAUCCAAUGGCACCUUCCAGAAGCCAGCAGGGACAGAGCCGACACGGGACACCACAGAUGACUCAAGGAACACCAGCAAUGUCUCAUGCUACUCCUAUCAUGCGCAAUGUAACGCCAACACAGCGUAUGAGCCACGCUAGUCCGAGUCACACGACUAUGGCCCCUACACCGGUGAUGAACCAGGCUACCAUGAUGGGAACUCCGCAAAUGGGUGGCGGUAUGGGCCUCACACCUCAACAGCAACAGCAGAUGCUAUUGCAGCAGAGACAACAGCUUCUUGCCCAACAAGGUCAUAUGGUACAAAACCAGUUCUCGCCCAAGCAAGUAGCUCAAAUGCAGGCAAAUGCACAUGCGCAGCAGAACAUUCAAGCCCAUCAGCAGCAGAUGCUACAAGCUCAGCAGCAGAAUUUCCAGGCACAGCCCAAGUUCCCGAACCCACAAGCCUAUCAGGCUCAGUUGAUGCGUGCGCAGCUCGCGCAGAUGCACAUGGCUCAGCAGCAACAGCAACAGCAACAGCAGCAGCAGCAGCAGCAGCAGCAACAACCGCAACAGCCGCAAGGCCAGCAAUCACAGAAUCAACAGGGACAGGUACACCAAAACAGCCCACAUAUGAACCCUCAACAGCAGCAGAUGCUAAUGGCAGCGGCUCAGGCCAAUGGAGGUCAUCUGCCACAAAAUAUGCAAGGAGUAAAUUUGGCACAAGGCGUUAUCACUCCACAGCGCUACCAGCAAUUAUUCACUCAGCGAUUGGUACGGCUUAGGCAAGAAAUGGCGGCUCGAUUGAUGCCACAGUACGGUUCGCCGUCUCAGUUCCCACCGCAUAUCCAACGACAGUAUACCGCGGGACUGGAACAGAAUGCGAAAGCCUGGGUUCAUGACAUCGUUCGACGAGAGCGCGAGUUGAUUCAGCAACGUGCCAACCAAGUUGCUCAUGUUCAAGCCCAGGUGAUGCAGCAGCAACAUCAACAGCAGCAGCAACAACAACAACAGAACAUGAUGCAGAACGCCCGGGGAAGUAGCUGA